AUGGGUUCAGCAUGUUUCAAAAAACAACCGCAUCCUUAGAGAUAAUAAUAACAUCGACAAAUUUAAUCUCAUUAAUCAUAAAGCACAAAUGUGUCAUCACACUAAAACACAUAACGCAGAGCCUCAGAAUAACAAUAAGUUUAAUAACAAACAAACCAGAUACAAAUCAAAGAAAAUUCAUAAAAGCCAUAAAUAAAUAGUGGAGUAAAUGCUCUUACUAUUUUAGUUCACUUCACCAAGAUCUGAUUUAAAUGAUAGAUCAAUGCUUAGUAAAAAUGAAUUAACAAAAGUUGAACCCUUAAAAAAUCGAUUUAUUUAGUAGGAAACCGAUAGCUAUCUUUUUAAAAAUAACGAUGCCCCAGAUUCAGAUAUAGCAAUAUAAGUUAAAGAACCAGAUAUAACAAAUUCAAAUGUUCUCAAAAUAUUAAAGUCUCUUCCUCCCUUUUAAUAUGAUCUUGACAUGAAUAAAAAAUUUAAUGAUUGCAUUUCUUUACCACCUCAUGUAACUAUUCUAUUGAUCUAAACUAGUAAUUCAUUAGCACUGGUAUCACAUAUGUAGGAUAAUGGAGAAAUAAACAAAAACAAGGGAAAGGUCGUUAAUAUUGGCCAGAUGGGACUUAUUAUGAAGGAUAUUGGUAGAAUCAUGGAGCAAAUGGUAAAGGAAGGUUGAUACGUUGUGAUGGAUCAUAUUAUGUAUUCAUUCAUAAAUAAAAUAAUUUAGGAAGGAGAUUGGCUUGAUGAUUUAUAAUGUGGAUUUGGUAAAAAUGUUGAUACUGACGGUAAUAUAUAUGAAGGAGAAUGGAAAGAUGAUGAAAAAGAUGGAUAAGGAACAGAAAAAUGGGUUUCGGGAGACACAUACACAGGAUAAUAUUAAGGUGGAAUGAAACAUGGUUAAGGAAAAUAUAUUUGGUCAAAUGGAAAUUGUUAUGAAGGUAGUUAUUUUAAGGAUUUUAUUGAUGGAUUUGGUAUUUAUAAAUGGCCAGAUGGAUAAGUUUAUUCUGGAGAAUGGGUUAAGAAUUAAAUGUAUGGGAAAGGUACAUUCAUUUGGACUAAUGGAAAUAAAUAUAUUGGUGACUACAAAGAGGAUAAAAAGGAAGGAUAUGGAGUUUUUUAAUUUGCUGAUGGGAAAACAUAUAAAGGAGGAUGGCAUAAUGGAAAAUAACAUGGAAAAGGAGUUUUAAUUGAAGCAGAUGGAUUUGAAAUUGUAGGAGUAUGGGAAAAAGGAAGAUUAAUUUCAUAAGAGUGA